GUGUCCACCAUCCCUCAAUCGUUCAUUAUGUCCGACACCGUCGUUGCUUCCGCUGCAGUUCAGGCUCCAGCCAAGACUGUCAAGUCUCCAAAGGCCGCCAAGACCACCAAGGUUCCAAAAGCCAAGAAGCCAGUUGCCCAUCCACCAUACAUUAACAUGGUCACUGCCGCCAUCAAUGGUCUUAAGGAACGCAAAGGAUCUUCCAAGAUCGCCAUCCUCAAGUACAUCACCAAGAACUACAAUGUUGGAGAUCAAAUCAUCAAGAUUAAUGCUCGUCUCCGUGACACUCUCAACAAAGGAGUCGUCAGCAAGGCACUCGUUCAAUCCGUCGGAACUGGAGCCAGUGGACGCUUCCGUGUUACUGAGAAGAAGGCCGCCGCCGCAAAGAAGCCAGUAGCCAAGAAGGCCGCCACCGGAGAGAAGAAAGCAAAGAAGCCAGUUGCCCAGAAGGCCGCCACCGGAGAAAAGAAGGCCAAGAAGACCACUGCCACCAAGACCAAGAAGACUGCUGAUAAGGUCAAGAAGGUCAAGUCUCCAAAGAAGAUCGCCAAGCCAACCGCCAAGAAAGUUGCCAAGUCUCCAGCAAAGAAGUCCGCUCCAAAGAAGGCAGCUGCUGCCAAGCCAGCCAAGAAAGCUGUUGCCCCAAAGACAUAAAUAAUCAAUUUUAAUUUUCUUAUACCUCACUCCGAUCUCAUGUCUGUACAUUUAUCUCUGUACUUUUCCUCCAUUAGCCCAUUUACUUUUGAUGUGUCUUCUCACCCUCCCAAUUUUAUUGGAAAAUUCAUUACUGGUACUUCACUCAAUUUAUUCCUGCAUUUACAUUUUGUUAAUAACAAAAUUCCUAAUAAAUGACUUAAAAUU